UCUGCUGAAUGUAACCAUUGGAAUAUGUUGAAGUAUGCAAUGCGAACAAACUUGAACUGACUUGAAAGUGCCGAGUGCAAAAAGUGCAAACAAUGCGAACAGAUCUCUUGUAUCGAUAUGACAGGUUUCGUAACCUCAACUAGCAAACUUCUACAAUCAAUAUUUCAAUUUGCAAGACAGAACGACGCUUUUUUCCGUCAAAUUCGUUCGUUUCGCGUCGAAUAAAUAUAGUUUCAUUGAUUUUCGAGCCGUCGUCGCUAAACUGAAUAAUUACCUUAAAUGUGGAAUUAAUACAUCUCUUUUCUCAUUUACUUGAUGUUUAAUAUUUAAAAAAUGUUGCACGAAAUUUUAUUGUCACUUUGGGGAUGUUCAACCAACGUAUCGCAGAUAAUAGAAACAGAUUUCAUAGAUCUUGACAAGUAUUUACAUCCUGGAGAACAGGCGCUACUUAAUAAAAUAUUAGAUUUUGUAAAGAAGUGUAACAUCAUACGAAAUUUUAUAUACAGCAAAAAUACAAAAGAAUCUGUAACUCCUGGUCUUUAUAUACAUGCUCUUUUCGAUGGAAUGGAUCAAGCACUAGAGCCAUUUCGUAAAGAAAUAAUUGAAUUGGAGAAUACAGUCUUAAACGACAAUCAUACUCCGCUGUCAUUAAUUCUAUGUAGUGUUGAAAAAUACACUUGUCUAUUUUCCGUAUUACAUUCUAUCAUUCGUGAGAUUCGUACACAGAAAUUCCAUGGUUGUAAAUUGUUGCAAUGCUUACAUCAGCGUAUGCAUACCGGCAUACCCGAGAUCAACGUCACUCUAGAAUUAAUGGUCCAUUCUGUUCAUAUUGUUUUUUACAAGCAUUUAACAAGCUGGCUCUUAUAUGGGCAUCUAGAAGAUCCUCACAGGGAAUUUUUUAUACAAAAAAUACCGGAUUGCGAGAAAGCUUUGAUGCAUGAGGAUAGGAAGAAUAACAUUGAUGCACGUGAAUCAAUACAUGAUAAAAAGAUUGAUGUUGAUAUGUGGGACUACAAUGUACAGAUGGACAUGCUUCCAUCUUACAUCAAGCCAUCGUUGGCAAAUAAAAUCUUGACCAUCGGUCAGACAGUCAUUAUGUUCGGAAACGAUCCCAGACAGAAAAAAGAUUUCAGCAUGAUACCCAAAACAGAAAAUUCUGUAUGGGGCGACAAAGAGUAUAAGUACUUUAGGAAACUUCAGAAUCUCCAGGCAAAGUCAGUUUUCAACAUUGUUGAGUUCGAUCGCACGAUCAAUGAAUUGAAACAGUGCGUAACCGAACUUUUGUGGCAUGUUGCCGUUGAAGAGGCGCAACUGAUGCAACAACUCAGGCUGGUAAAAGAGUUCUUCCUGAUGGGACGCGGUGAUCUUUUCUUAGAAUUAAUCAAGCUCACAACGCACAUUCUGAAUAAGGCGCCAACAAGUCAUACAUCCAGAGACAUUAAUCUUGCGUUUCAAAUGGCACUGAGAAAGAUACAUCUAAACGAUGAAAGUGCUAUCGACAGCUUUAAUUUCGUGGUGCCUGCACUACCUUCUGAGAACGAGGACGCCAACACGGAUGACACUGAUCUCUUUGAUAAUGAAAAGCAAGAUCCUAAUGAGAAACGCGGAUGGGGCAUGAUCACAUUGAAAUACAAAGUUGUCUGGCCGCUGCAUCUGUUGUUUAAUCCGGUAGCGUUAAACGAUUAUAAUACAUUGUUUCGCUUCCUGUUGAGAGUUAAAAAGACUCAGAUAGAGUUGUGGAAUCUCUGGAGUGAACACAUGCAUCACAAAAACUUUGACAUCGGCGUGAUCCAAUUAAGAAAUAAUUUGAUUUUUAUCGUCGAUAACUUGCAGUAUUAUUUACAAGUGGAUGUGGUGGAAAGUCAAUAUGCUAUAAUGGAAGCGAAUAUGAAAAACACACGAAAUUUUGAAGAUAUACAAAAGGCACAUUCGAUAUUUCUGGCUAACGUUAUGUCGCAAACUUUUUUGCUAGGCAGCGGAACAGGAAAAAAAAAUCCCGUGAACAAGCUGAUACACCUUUUACUACGACUGUGCGACGAUUUCAUCUUACAAGCAUCCAUGUGGGAAGUUGGUAAUUUGCUCUUAACGGAAAAAGAAGAACUCAAAACAUUAUGCGAAACACUCGAUAGCGUAAUGGAUUGGUUGACAAAAACAUUGAAUAGAGUACGUGCGCAACCUAGUGGCGAACACUUGGCUCGAUUACUAUUGAGAUUAGAUUUCAACAGAUGGUUCAGUAAAAAGAUUUGAAGGGAUAAAAA